AUGCAAGCACAAGCACAGAAUUUUUGGAAACGAUGGUCUUCUGAGUAUUUGCCCCAGUGUCAACGACGUGGCAAGUGGACCAAACUCACUCGCAACAUUAAAGUAGGAGACUUAGCAGUUCUGAAGAAUGACAACAGCCCACCACUGCUAUGGGACCUAGUUCGUGUUACUAAAGUUCAUCCGGGUCCUGAUGGAAUUGUACGAGCAGUCACGGUACGGAAUUCUUCGGGGUCUGAGUUCAAGCGUCCAGCAACCAAGUUGGCUGUUCUACCCACUGAGAACGAUAAAGUCGGAGAAGGGCAGAACGCGUCCUAA